GCUAGCCCCGUGAAAUUUCACGCGACGAGACGCAUUGCUCCACCUCUGCGCUUUCGGAGGAGCCGCAGUGCUCAGCGAACUCUCGCGCUGCGCUGCUCCAGCCCUCGGCUAACGCCGCCGCUGCGGAGGCCAGCACUCCCUCAUUCGGCUCAGCAGGCGCUCACAGGCGUCGCUCGACGUGCGGCGCGCUGCAGCAUUAGGAGGCCGGCACUCCCUCAUUUCGGCUCAUAAGGCGUCGCGCCGCAGCACUUGCAGCGCGAGCCAUGGACGACCGACCGCCCGGCACGGACGACGCGCCGCCCGGCACGAGCAAGCCCGCGCGCGCCUCGGCCAUCGACUUCUUCGACGUCGCGCCGCCGGGAGCCGCGCCGAGCGCGCCGGCGCCGAGCGCGCUCGCGCCCGCGGACCAGGCGGCGCCGACCAUACCGCCGCCGCCGCCGCCGCCGCCGCCGGAGCCCGCGCUGCCGCCCGGCUGGACGGCGCACCCCGACCAGAAGACCGGCGCGACGUACUACUGGCACGCGGCCACGGGCGCGACGUCCUGGGACGUGCCAACCGAAAGCAGUAGUAAUCCGAGCCACGAAGCAUGGAAGGAGAAGCAGACCAAGACGCCGUCGUCGGCCUACAUCCAGACGCUGCUGGGCGACGCGCCGACGACGGGCCGCACGGACUGGGUCAAGCACACGGACGUCAGUAGCGGCGUGCCCUACUUCAGCAACACGAAGACGAACGCGACUUCCUGGGACCCCCCUCCUGAAGGUUUCGUCGACGCAACCACCACGGCCGUAUCCCAAACGGCCGCGGACCCCUACGCCGCGUCCGCGACCUUCAACCGCGCGACGGGCCGCUUCGAGUACGCGAACGGCGGCAACCACUGGGACAGCAAGGGUAUUCCUCAAGAUAGGGAGGGCCGCAUGAUGGCCCACUACUUCGAUUUGGAUUCCCUCGCGGCGAACCGCGCCGAGGCCGCGGCCAAAAAACAAAAACUCAAGCACAAGAAGUACGACUGGCGCAAGUACAAGGCCGCCAAGAAGAAGGAGAAGGUCAAGCGCCAGGUCCAGAAGCUGCUCGAGGACUAACGUUUUUUCGGAAAGAGUCUUAUAUUACACACUCC